CGAAACAACUCUGGGGCUUUCCGUACCGUAGCAAUUGCUUGGCCGUGAUUCGUCUUCCUCCUCCCCUCUCCCCCCUCCCCCCUUGUCCGUCUCGCGCCUUGGCAACAUGUUUUUUCUAAUCCUCUUCUUGUUCUAACCAUUUUGCGCUAAUCUCCUCCGCUACCGUCGCUUCAACGCCACGGGGGAGAAUCUCUUCCCAGCCAAUCCCAAAGUGUUCUUUUGCUUCGGUGUAUCUCCUACCCUCGCCCGCGAGAUUCUUGGCGAUUUCUGCUACUCCUGUGAAAUUCGUGUGGUUCUUGAAUCUCUUCUUGGAGUGUCAGCAGCCAACUGCUGAUACAAAAGAUCCUAUCCCCUUCCUGUGCCUUGCCAAAGAUUUUGCAAUUUUUUCUGUUCGAUUUCUUUCAUUAGAGCGCAAGAAUCCGCUGCUCUGCUUCUCGGAGAUUCACCAUGAGCGGCGGCGGCGCUAACGAGCGCAGCGACCCGCUGCUCCCGACGAAGCGGGAAGGGGACGAGGACGACGCCGGCGCCUCCGCGUUCCACGAGUUCAACGGAGCCUCCUUCGCCGGCGCGGUGUUCAACCUCUCCACCACCAUCGUCGGCGCCGGAAUCAUGGCGCUGCCGGCCACCAUGAAGGUGCUCGGCCUCGUGCCCGGGCUCGUCAUGAUAGUGCUCGCCGCGCUCCUCACCGACGCCUCCAUCGAGCUGCUCGUGCGGUUCAGCCGCGCCGUGGGGGCGCGCUCCUACGGCGCCGCCAUGGGCGACGCCUUCGGAUGGUGGGGCAGGAGGCUGCUCCAGGUCUGCGUCGUCAUCAACAACGUCGGCGUCAUGAUCGUCUACAUGAUCAUUAUUGGUGAUGUGCUUUCUGGAACCACUUCCAGUGGUGAGCACCACUACGGUGUGUUAGAAGGGUGGUUUGGCAUGCACUGGUGGAAUGGGCGUUUCUUUGUUCUCCUGGUCACGACCCUUUGUGUUUUUACUCCGCUAGCAUGCUUGAAGCGUAUUGAUUCGCUGAGCUAUACCUCCACAAUAUCUGUUGCUUUGGCCGUUGUAUUCGUUAUUAUUACUGCAGGAAUUGCCAUUGUCAAGUUGAUAGGUGGACAAAUUCCAAUGCCCAAGUUGUUUCCCGCUGUUCCUGAUUUGGCAUCUGUUUGGGAACUUUUUACAGCAGUGCCAAUUCUUGUCACUGCUUAUGUUUGCCAUUACAACGUUCACCCAAUUCAUAAUGAGCUAAAGGAUUCCUCGCAGAUCAAGCCAAUAGUGCACACAUCAUUGACACUAUGCUCAACUAUCUACAUCACAACAAGUUUCUUUGGAUAUCUCCUCUUUGGUGAAUCUACGCUGUCUGAUGUGCUAGCAAACUUUGAUUCAAAUCUUGGGAUUCCAUACAGUUCAGUGCUAAAUGAUGCUGUCAGAAUGAGCUAUGCUGUUCACCUUAUGCUCGUGUUCCCUAUGAUAUUCCAUGCAUUGCGGCUUAAUUUGGAUGGGCUUCUCUUCGCUUCUGCAAGGCCUCUCUCUUCUGACAACAGAAGAUUUGGUAUAAUGACAGCAGUGCUCCUCCUAGUGAUUUUUGGAUGUGCAAACUUCAUUCCUAGUAUUUGGGAUGCCUUUCAGUUUACUGGGGCAACUGCUGCUGUCUGUAUCGCCUUUAUUUUCCCAGCUGCAAUCACUCUGAGAGAUCCGCAAGGCAUUGCAAAGAAGUGGGACAAGAUUCUGGCGGUCUUCAUGAUUGUUCUUGCGGUUGUAUCAAAUGUAGUAGCUGUGUACAGUGAUGCCUAUAAAAUAUUCCACAAGAAAACUGCUCCUUCCAAGGCCUGAGCUGGAGAAUCCGGUGAAGAAUUGUCUUCAUGCUGGUUUGUACAUUAGGUCAUAAAAGAUUCAUUGAAAGAGAGGUCAUGGGGUUGUUACGUGGGGCAUGGUCGACUCAAUUACGUUGAGGUUCGUGUAUGUAUGUAUGUAUACUAGAGAUGCAAAAACUGAAGUGCUUCGGUACAGUAUAAAAACAGGAGAACUGUGUUAAUGUGAAAUUAUAGUUACUAUUCUGAUGGA